AUGGCACCUAGUAGUAGUUCCAAGACCAAUAAUCUCAAGGCUCUUGAAUCCAAACUACGAGAGUUGGGUUAUGGAUACAAUUGGAAGCUCAUCAAGUAUGAUACGGAUGUACCUGAUGACACAACGCCAGCAGCGCCACAUGCUACGGAAGAUGGUUUGCAUGAUGAUAAUCUGUCAGACUUUUACCAGUCUUUAAUCAACAAUACAAAGCAACCAUUGUGUCAAAAUGCAGACUUGAUCGUGCCGGUAUUCGACAAUGAGCGAUCACGACACGACCAAGCGAUGUAUCAGAAGUUCCUUAGUAUCAUUGGUGCUCCAUGUUCGGAACAAGGUCCAAGUUUCUUUCACACAAUUGACGACAAAUCUGAAUCACAUUAUCUUGCUGACUUGAAUGAAUACAAUUUUGUCAAGAACGACCAACGACGUCAUGACCUUAUUCAAGAAUUUAUCGAGAGUGAGCAAACCUAUGUUGCCACUCUUCGUAUCACCGUUCAGCUCAUUGCACGAAAGUUAAAUCCACAGCUGCGUGAGAGGAAUGGUGAACCUCCGAUCAUUGACCGCUUUCAGCAUAAACGUAUCUUCCUCAACAUUGAAGACAUCUUGGAAGCCAAUGAACGAUUCCUUUGUGAUCUUGAAAAGUGCCAACCCGAAAAUCAAAACACGGAUGUAUGCUUUGGUGAAGUUUGUGCGAGCCAUAUGGUCAACUUUGACUGUUACCGAAAUUACUCGCUUGCGCAUCAUGGUGCUCACGGGUUCCAUGCCACUUUGCUCAAGAGCAACAACAAUUACCGAAAAUUCCUCGACACGGCAUUGAGUGAUCGUCGUUGUGAAGACCGGCAAUUGCUGGACUUUCUUGUUGAACCACCCCAGCGCAUCACACGAUACAUUUUGUUGAUGAAAGACAUCUUACGCUUCACCUCCCCACAACACCGUGAUUACAUCCCAUUAACGCAUGCCUAUGUCAAGGCAUGUGAGAUUGCAACUUUGGCUGAUGAUGAUGCAACCAAGCUUGCCACCAUGUGCCACGUUCUCUACAAAUCUGUCAAGAGCUCUCCUUGUUCUUUGGUGAAUCAAAAUCGAUCCCUGAUCACCCACUUGGAUGCUACCGAGUUGCAUCGUGAGACAAGCAAGCCCAAACGUCCUGUUACCAUGUUUCUGCUGGCAGACAAAAUCUUGAUCGCCGAGCGACCAAAUCAUCAUACCCGUGGCGUUGAUCUACUCGAUGUGGAUAACACAAAGCGCAAUGAAAACGGCUUUUUAAUGCGCAACAUCAAAAAGGAUCAAUGCCUAAAGUUUCGUGGUUGGGUUGACAUUGAACAAAUCCAGCUAUUCAAGGGUGCAGCAGAUAUCCCAAGCUCAUUUUUGCUUUGUGCCUCGACAUCACAACAACAUGGCCCAGGCCCAGUGGAAACAGAAGAAUCAUUUGAAACAUUCUUUCGCAAAGGCCCUCGUUUGUUUCAGGUCACCUCACCCAAAGAUUCAGAAAGCACGUGUUCGCAAACCCUUCAAAAUUUCAUUCACGAUUUCCAACACGCCCAAACAUUGGUUCGUCGUUACGAUGAACGCGAUGAGGCGCUUCACCGUCAAUGGUGCGACAUGAACGUUUAUACCAAUCUUUAUGACUCAAUCAGCUACACAAGAGCCAAUUACAAGAAUAACAUUGCUGUGGUGUAUGUUGAAGAAGGUAAAUCGGUGAAUCUCAAGACGUUAUUCCGCAGCAGCGGCGCACGCCCAAUAACGCCAUGGAUUGUGGCACUUGUACAAGGUGGACCGGGUGGCUUCCGAUUUAGUAUCAUGAGCAAAGUGCCUCUCAAGCCAAGUCGUGAUAUUGUACAAUCCAUUCCUUCCAUUGCUACAACCAAACAAGUGCCGGGUUCCGAUGGCAAACCAAAUCAACUUUUCCAAUGGGUCUUUUGGAACAAUAUUGUUUUGUGUGAACGUCAUUUACGCGCCAGCCAUGAUUUUAUCCAUGUGCAUGAUGGUGAUUUGGAAGCACGUCCUCGUCGUAGUCGUUCACGUAGUCGUUCACGAUCACGAUCACGAUCACGAUCCCGUUCCUUAUCUCGUUCAACAAGCAUUCCCACCUUGUCGAGUAUCUUUGGCAAAAGUCAUUCUCGCUCAUCAUCACCCACUGCUGGUGGUGGUGGUGGUCAAAGCCAAGUACAGCCCUCCUCAUCAAGAUCAUCUCCUAUUUCAUCGUCUUCGUCAUCAUCAGGAGGUGGUAAUGGCCGACGUGGUAGCAUGGGUGCCAGAGAUUUCUUGGGCUUUGCCACACGACGUUCACGUUCUCGCUCUAGCAGCAUGACAAGUAGCUCAGCUUCCACCACAUUAUCCAAGAGCUUGACCAACAGCUCCAGCGAAUCAGUGCAUAUGGCUGCUGUUGAUCAUCAUCAUCAUCAUCGUACAGGCUCAGCACAACAACAACGUCGCAAAGUGGUAUCCGCUUUACCAGCCUCCUUGUGUUUAUCCGAAUCGGUCUUGCAAAGACCUUCCAUGGUGUCAAGCCCACAUCAAGAAGCAUUGGAUACCAUCUCCAUGUAUCCGAAUCCAGAUGUAGCAUCAUCGUCAUCCACACUCUUGGCCUAUGCCGAAAGUCAAGCUAACCGAUAUCGUGGUAUUGGUCCCCUUGAGCAGGAAUCGGAAGCCGUGCAUCCGAUGAGAACAAUGGGUGGGCAUCGUAGAGGUAGCUAUGCUAGUAGUGGUCGCUCACCGGAAACGGAGGCCGAAUCGUUGUCUCGUCCCUCAAGCCGAAGCAGCACUCGUUCAUCCACACCAAGUUUGGCCUUCUCCAAUCAUUAUAACAAUGGCGUAGCAACCUUGGCAAGUCAUAGCACUCGUAGUUCUAUCAGCUUUGAGGAUCUGGAAUCGGCAAAGUAUUCGCCUCCACCACGCAUGGGGUCUUUUACUGAAAGCAAUGCUGAUGCUUUACGCAAGGUGCAAGAAUUGUUGCGAGCACAAAAGAAUGAACGAACCAUGCGACGUCAAAGCAGUCAACAACAAGAAAGACCUUCCAACACCGCCUAUAAUGUGGUUGCCAUGGAUACCGCUGCUACCGCUACGGCCUCACCACGCAACGAUCGCCAUAAUCAACAAGUGAUUGAAAAAUGUCGUUCCCUUAGUGAUCGUCUUGCUCAUUUAAGUGAAUCAUUGCAAGCUCGCGCUACCGAACAAAGUGAUCACGAGCGUUCCUAUUCCUUGUGCAAUAAAUUCAAUAGCGAGUUGGAAGAGAUUGCUACUGCUCUUGGCACUUUUCGACAAGAUCGUCGUCAAAGUUCUUCAGCCAGCAUGAAUGCUGAAAAUGAACUUGCUCGGAAGCUCAAGGAAGCUCAAGCGGAACGAGAUUACUGGGAUCGUUGUGCAAGUGAUCUCAAGAACCGUAUGGUUGAACUCAAAGGCACCCUGUAA